AUGCAGGGACUUCUCUGUUCCACUCUGCUCUUCUCUGGGCUGGCACAGUUCUGCUGCAGGGCACAGGGCACGGGGCCAUUAGACACAACUGAAGGAGGGCCCAGAGAAGCAUCAGAAGCACAUCAGCGUAAACAGUUUUGUCACUGGCCCUGCAAAUGUCCUCAUCAGAAGCCCCGCUGCCCUCCUGGAGUGAGUUUGGUGAGGGAUGGCUGCGGAUGCUGCAAAAUUUGUGCCAAGCAACCAGGGGACAUCUGCAAUGAAGCUGACCUCUGCGACCCACACAAAGGACUGUAUUGUGACUACUCGGCAGAUAGGCCUAGGUACGAGACCGGAGUGUGUGCAUACCUUGUAGCUGUUGGAUGUGAGUUCAACAGGGUUCAUUAUCGGAAUGGCCAAGUGUUUCAGCCCAACCCUCUGUUUAGCUGCCUCUGUGUGAGUGGGGCGAUUGGAUGCACACCUCUGGUCAUACCUGAGCUGGUUGACAGUCAUUGCUCUGGAGCUAACGGGGGAAAGAAGUUUGAUCAGUCCAAGUGUGGCCUGGGACCAUUACAAAGGCAGCUCUUGACAAGCUACAAGACAAUGCCAGCUUUUAGGAAUCUUCCACUUAUUUGGAAAAGAAAAUGUCUUGUGCAAGCUACAAAGUGGACUCCCUGCUCCAGAACGUGUGGGGUGGGAAUAUCUAACAGGGUAACCAAUGAAAACAGCAACUGUAAAAUGAGAAAAGAGCAAAGAUUGUGUUAUAUUCAGCCAUGCAACAGUAAUAUAUCAAAGACAGUAAAGAUUCCUAAAGGAAAAAGAUGCCAACCUACUUUCCAACUCUCCAAAGCUGAAAAAAUAUUCUUUUCUGGGUGCUUAAGUACUCAGAGUUACAAACCCAUUUUUUGUGGAAUAUGCCUGGAUAAGAGAUGUUGCAUUCCUAAUAAGUCUAAAAUGAUUACCAUCCAGUUUGAUUGCCCAAAUGAAGGCUCAUUUAAGUGGAAGAUGCUCUGGAUUACAUCUUGUGUAUGUCAAAGAAAUUGCAGGGAACCUGGAGAUAUAUUUUCUGAGCUCUUGAUUCUAUAA